AUGGAAAGGCAUCUUAAAAGAAGUGACCCAAAUGAUUUAGAUAUUAACGAAGUUAGCAGUGACUCCGAAGAAAACACGUGCCGGCCCAGCACCAGUAAAAGAAGUGUAAGUACACUUCUUACUCAUGAAAAAACUUCUAAGCAUUUAGCAGCAGCAUCGCCUUUCACAAAAAACAAUCAAAAAACACUCGAUUUUCACCCACUAAACAGCAAUUCCAAAGUAAAAGCAGCAGAAUUAUUAGAAGCUUUAUAUGUAGCGGUACACACUACGAUAAGGUCAGCCGAUCAUUUAGUCCGUUUACAAAAAUAUAUAUUUAUUGAUAGCAAGGUCGCCGUUGGCAUGACAUUGGGUCGAACAAAGUGUACUGCCCUCAUUAAGUCAGUUUUGUCUCCCCAUUUUCAACACCUAUUGGCUGGAGAUAUUAGCGACAACUUUUUCAGUCUGAUUAUAGACGAAUCUACAGACAUAACUAUUGAUAAAUAUUUGGGUAUAGUAAUACGUUAUUACAGUAAGUCUGCCAAACAAAUUGUAAACACAUUUUUAAACCUAAGUGCACUUGAUGACGCGUCAGCCAAUGGAAUAUGCAAGGCCAUUUUUAAAGUUAUUAAGGAUUUUAAUCUAAAAAUUCAAAACAUGGUGGGCUUAGGAACUGAUAAUGCCAUAGUAAUGACUGGAGUUAACCGUGGAGUGAUAGCAAAACUACGGGAAAAAAAUAAAAACAUAAUACUAGUUCCCUGUAUCUGUCAUUCCAUUCAGCUUUCAGUGUCUUCAGCAUCCCAAAUGCUACCUGAUGAAAUUGAGUAUUUGGUGUCAGAAACUUACAAUUGGUUUUCCAAAUCAACUUUAAGACACAAACAUUAUAACAGCAUUUACGCUGCGAUUAAUGAUGGCAUGCAACCAUUAAAAUUGGUAAGAGCUUGUGACACUAGAUGGUUGUCAAUUGAAUCAGCUGUAAAUCGUAUAGAAAGUCAAUGGCUAGAGUUGAAAACUCAUUUUGAAAUUGCCGCAACGGUAGAAUCGUGUCAUCAAGCCAAUAUAUUAAAAAAAUUGUACACUGACAAAAAUUUAUUAUAUCUGAAGUUUUUGAAACCUUUGCUGUCAGAUGUACAAAAAGUAAAUAAAAUGUUUGAUAGUAAUAAUGCUGACCCUACUCUGUUGCUAUCAGAACUAUAUGUUCUUUUGAAAGACCUUUCCUAUCAAAUUGUUUUCAAAUCUGACACUUUUGAUCCGUUCAAUUCGCGUUUAGAAGAUUUUUUUGUUCCAACACCAUACUUUAAUUACAACUUUGAAGAAUUUUUAAAAUCAAAGAAAGAUAGCUAUCCACCAGUUGGUGGCGCUAACAGCGGUAUUGAGUAA